AGAAAUCUACAUCAUGAUGCUGAAGUUUUGUUGAAAAAGAACUGGGUCUGGUCCCCGCAGCGCAUGUUGCGCGCCACUCCCCCCGGCCUCCCCCACUGAUAACCUGGAACCUUGACCCUCACGCUGAGAUCGGCUCGCUCUUCAACAGAGCUCCUUGGCGGGUGAAAUGCUCCUUUGCACCCUCUCAAGAGAACUCCCUCAGAAAAUACCAUGGUCUUACCAUCUCCGACCUCAAGUCCGUCGGCUAGCCGCCUGAAGAUCGGUUGACGCCCUUCUUCCCCACCGACUGUCAACUCUUGCAGGCGCCCCGUGAUGCACCAUCAAACAAAUGCCGACUAGUGGAGCACAUGCCCACAGAAUACGGAAUGUCUACAUCACUCGCCCUGGUUUACCACUCCGCAAUAAACGAGUGUUCAUUGCGGAAGGCGAUGAUGGGGAGCGCUCGGAGCAUCAGAUUCAAGAGAUGUGGCUGAGCACGACGGUAAUUCACCCUUCCGUCAUGUCUUACGAGCUGAUGAAGGUGAAUUCGGGAAUGCUCGAGUUUCUGAAAUGGGAUAAGUUUUCAAUGCUUCUAUGCAUCAAUUAGCCUGUCACGUUGCCCGAAA